CCUCUUCCAAAGCUUUCCCCUGAAGCCCCCAACCUUCGUUGAACAAAGACCAUCAAUCUCUUUGAAGUCCCUGGGCUCCUGUGUGACCGGGGGGUGCAGACCAUUUCAAAACUCCAGAUUGCGACAGAUCAUGGUCCACAUGCUGUCUUGAGCUUUCCAAGUCCUCACGGUUCUGUCCUGUUUCCAGAGAGAGCUGCAGAUCUAGAGAGUCAAGAUGAUCAAGUCAACUCAAAUAGCCCGGCUGGAUGGCCUCAUGCUCUGCGCGUCCGUCGAUGAUGAACAUGCCGAAUCGGACCUCUCUGAGAUCAAGUCUCAAGUCAAGCUGGUCCUCCGUCGACUCACUCGAAAUUCCGAAUCACAAGCCAGCAUCGAAAGCGGCCAAUACACACUCCACUACCUCAUCUCCCAAGACAUAGUCUACAUGUGCAUCAGCGAGCGCUCCUACCCGCGCAAGCUCGCCUUCACCUACCUCUCCGACCUCUCUACCGAAUUCAGCACCACCUAUCCCUUGCAGCAAGUCCUCUCCUCCACCAUGCGCCCCUACGCCUUCAUGGAGUUCGACACCUUCAUCUCGCGCACCAAAGCCACCUACUCCGACUCGCGCGCCACGCAGAACCUCGACAAGCUGAACGACGAGCUGCGCGACGUAACCAAGGUUAUGACCAAGAAUAUCGAGGAUCUGUUGUAUAGGGGAGAUAGUCUGGAGCGCAUGGGACAGGUGAGCAGUAGGUUGAGAGAGGAUAGUGCCAAGUAUAGGCGUGCGGCGGUGAGAAUUAAUUGGGAACUGCUGCUCAGCCAGUACGGACCGUUUGCUGGUGUUGGUCUCUUCAUUUUAAUUUUCAUUUGGUGGCGAUUCUUUUGAAUCUCGUCUGCUGCCAUUUGACUACACAAAUGAGAAAAGACACACUAUAGCUUUGUACAACAUAGGAUGAUGGAUCGAGGAAAUGGCUUGUAUACCACACUCGUGGCUAAGAUAUACGGCUUUUUCACCAUGCGAUAUGGCAUAGGCACGGAAACGAAGAGAAGCCAGGGACCCAGUUCUCUGCAAAUGAUUCCCCAAGAAGCUUUGCUUUCCG